AUCCAGAAAUAUAAACAAAAGAUGUAACUUCACCUACAACUUUGUUUGAGACAAGUGGGGUUAAUUGCAUUGGAAGGUUGGAUGAAAGAAAGGGCAUGAACUAUUGUAAUCAGCUUAGCAAUGGUUCUGAUUAAUUGGAUGGAUUUGUAGGUUUCUUUGUUCGUUCAGAUGAUGAUGAAAUCCCGGAUGAAUAUGAACUUGUUGAGAGAUCGAGAGUCCCUAGAUCGAGAGAUGAUGAGGAAGAAGAAAUGGAUGUCGAAGCCAUGGAAAAAAUGGUUAAUGAAAGAUAUGGUUCUAGAAGUUCAUUGGGUUAUAAUGAUGAAGACUAUGAAGAAGACAUCACUGAGCUUGAGCAGCAGACUCUUUUGCCAUCUGUUAGGGACCCGAAACUAUGGUUGGUUAAAUGUUUGCCUGGUCGCGAGAGGGAAGUUGCUGCAUUCCUUAUGCAGAAAUCAUUGGACAAAGAUUCAAAAUCACAUAUUUUAUCAGCUAUUGCCCUUGAUCAUUUAAAGAGUUACAUCUAUGUUGAAUCAUACUGCGAGGCUCAUGUCACACAGGCUUGCAAGGGUAUGCGUUAUGUCUUUGCUCGUAAUGUAACAAUGGUACCUCUGAAAGAAAUGAGGAAUGUCCUCUCAGUUGACCCUCUUGACAGCAAAGAGAUCCAUGUUUCUAGAGGAGAUUGGGUUAGACUGAAACGAUCAAAUCUCAAAGGCGAACUUGCUAAGGUUGUAGAUGUUGAUACAGUGAAGCACAAAGUUAUUGUCAAAGUUACUCCUAAGUUGAGCGCUUUAUCUCUAUCAGAUAAACUGGAAGGUGUAGACUACUUGUAUAAGACAGUGGCUCUGAGUUCGGUUACUACAGAAGAUAUACAGCCAAGUAUUCAGGAAGUUGAGAACUUUCGAGAUAUUGGAGAUGCUGAUGUUGAUUUGGGAAGUUUAUUCAGAGGGAAAGAGAAGGGAUGUUGGAUGAGGGGUGAUGCAGUUGUGGUGAUGAAGGGUGAUUUAAAGAAUAUGAAAGGAUUCGUUGAGUAUGUUGAGGGAGAUAUUGUUCAUAUCAGACCUAAUGAGAAGAUACCAUUACCAAUGAAAACGGUUGCUGUGCUUGGAAAGGACCUAGCCAAGUACUUUGAACCCGGCAUUCAGGUGAAGGUUAUAUGUGGUCAAAUGGAAGGUGCAACCGGUAUGGUUGUAAAGGUUGAUCAAAACAAGCUUGUUAUUCUAUCUGAUGAAUCCAAAGAGCUUAUUACUGUAUUUUCUGCACAAGUUGUGGAAUCGAAUGAGACAUCAGAAAACAGAACCAAAUCUGGGAUUGGUUACAGUAAUCAGGAUAAACCUCAAAAUUCUUCAGCCUCGAGGCCUUUACCAAAUCCUGCUAAUUCUUCCGGGAAAUUGCUUCCUGGAAACCGUCCUUCAUCUACUUUGGGGCGAGGGACAGGGUAUAAUUGGAGAAGACAUGAUUCAUUCAUUGGUAGUAAUGUGAAAAUACUCCAUGGUCCUUACAAAGGGUACCGCGGAUGUGUUAAGGGUGUUAAUGGACAGAAUGUAAGGGUUGAGUUACAGGCUCAGAUGAAAGUCGUUACAGGCAAGUUUACCAAGAUUAUACUAGACUACUAGUACUAGUAUAAUUUCUAAUUCAUUUUUCUUCUUAUUUUGCCUAAAACUGUACUCAUGUUUGCAG